AUGAAGGAUUUAGGUCCUUUGCAAUAUUUUUUGGGUCUUGAAGUUCAGCCGACAGACACUGGUCUUUUUUUACACCAACAUAAAUAUACUCGAGAUCUUAUUUCUUUGGCUGGACUACAAGAUGGUCGCUCAGUUGACACUCCUUUAGAGGUAAAUGUCAAAUAUCGUCGGGAUGAUGGUGAUUUUCUUUCUGAUCCUUCUUUGUAUCGUAGAUUGGUGGGAAGCCUCAAUUAUUUGACGAUUACAAGGCCAGAUAUUUCAUUUGCUGUUCAACAAGUUAGUCAAUUUAUGCAAGCACCUACACACAUCCAUCUAGCUGCUGUUUGUCGCAUUAUUCGCUAUUUGCAAGGCACUUCUGAUAAAGGUAUCUUCUUUCCUGUGGGUACUUCCAUUCGUUUAGAUGCAUAUAGUGAUGCAGACUGGGCUGGUUGUUCAGAUACUCGACGUUCUAUUACCGGCUGGUGUAUGUUUCUUGGUGACUCUCUUGUAUCAUGGAAGAGCAAAAAGCAGCAACGAAUAUAUAAAUCUUCAACUGAGUCUGAGUAUCGUGCUAUGUCCUCUACAUGCUCAGAAAUUAUUUGGCUUCGUGGUCUCUUGGGUGACCUUGCCUUCUCUCAAGCCGAGCCUACUCAACUUCAUGCAGAUAAUACCAGUGCCAUCCAAAUUGUCGCAAAUACAGUAUUUCAUGAACGUACAAAACACAUUGAAGUGGAUUGUCAUUCUAUUCGUGAAGCAUAUGAUAGUCGUGUUAUUUCACUUCCUCAUAUCAAUACUUCUCUUCAAACAGCUGAUGUUUUCACGAAGGCUCUUUCAAGAAAACGUCAUCAGUUCUUGGUUGAAAAAUUGAUGCUUCACAAUCAUCCAGCAUCAAUUUGA